AUGCCUCCCAUCACUCUUUACGACGCGGCGGUUGUCCCCGUCAUCCGUGCUUUGAGGAAUCUCUCGCAUAUCUUGAAGAAGGGAGAAACCUACGCCAAUGACAAGGGGAUCCCUCACUCGGAGCUCCUUGAAGCCAGUAUAGCACCCGAUAUGAAGCCUCUCACCUUCCAAGUCCAGAUCGCAUCAGACUCCGCCAAAUUUCUCGCUGUCCGUGUCGCUGGAGUCAACAACAUGCCCAUGGAAGACAACGAAAAGACGUUUGAAGAACUACAAACUCGCAUUACCGCGACCAUCAAUUUUCUCGAGGCGGUCAAGAAGGAGGAUUUCGAUGGAAAAGAGGACAAUGAAAUUAUGGUCAGAGACAUCAAGUUCACGGGCUUGAGCUACGUCACUUCCUUUGCGCUGCCGAACUUCUAUUUCCACGCUGUUACAGCCUAUGACAUUUUGAGGAUGAAAGGUGUUGAUAUCGGGAAGAAGGACUACCUUCGCGGAGCCAACGAGUGGGGUAAGAUGGAAAGAGAGUGA